AUGCAUCCACCAGGAUCAACCAGGCAUCCAUGGCGCCACCGCUACGUUCUUCUUGCUGUCCUUGUGCUCAUAUUCUCGCCUUGCUCAGCGAAUCCCCUUCUUCACAGAUGCUACUACGGCAUCAAAUACGCAGACAACAGCGCCUUCCAGCAAAGCCUGACCCAGGUGUUUCGUUCCCUAACAGCCAUGCCUCCCACCGGCGGUUACAUCACCACAACCGCCGGCGAAACCCCUGAUCAAGUUUACGGCGUCGCUCUCUGCCGCGGCGACGUCUCCGUCAACGACUGCCAAUCGUGUUUGAGCAAUGGGACUGCAGACAUGAUGCAGCUCUGCCCACAAAGCACAGACGCCAGCGUAUGGUACGAUCACUGUUACAUCCGCUACUCCAACGACUCCUUUCUCGGCGACCCCUUCGGGAAGCUGUACGUCACCUGCGGCGGAAACGGUGAAUCGAACCCAAGCCUUUUCGGCAAGCAGUUGGCGCCCCUGAUGCUGAACCUGACGUCCGCUGCGGCUACUGAUCCGUCAACCAACAUGUUUGCAGCCGGCGAGAUCGACGUCACGGAGUCGAAGAAGAUCUACGGCAUGGUGCAGUGCAGGAGAGACCUAAGUGGCAACGAUUGCCUUGCUUGUUUGCAAGCUCUGGUGUACUUCAGUGCGAGCCAGUGCAGUUCCACAAAUAGCGCCCGAGUUUGGCAUGACGGUUGCAAUGCACGGUAUGAUGUACAACCUUUUCUCUUGCAAGUUUCAGGCACGCAGCCACCGUCUAGUUCGCAGCUGAAAAAAAGCAGCGCUGUUAGCGGAAAAGUGAAAAUAAUUAUUAUUGCAAUCUCCGCUGCGGUUCUGUUCGGAGCAGCUGGUUUAGGCCUCUGUGCUUGCUUAGUGAAGAAAAGAAGAACAGAACCACAAGGUGUGGAGAAUCUGAGGCCUAACGAUUCAUUGCGUUUUGAUCUUGAUGCAAUUAGAGCUGCCACGAACAAUUUCUCUGACGCAAACAGGAUUGGAGAAGGUGGAAACGGCCCUGUCUAUAUGGGCAAACUGACGAAUGGCCGAGUUGUUGCAGUAAAAAGGUUGUCCAUGGAAUCAAUACAAGGGAUUGUGGAGUUCAAGAACGAGGUGGAGCUCGUUGCAAGUCUUCGACACAAGAAUCUUGUUCAGCUAUUGGGAUACUGCGCAGAGGGACAUGAAAAAUUGCUCAUCUAUGAAUUUGUGCCCAACACCAGCCUCGAUAAGUUUAUAUUUGAUCCUGACAGAGCCAUAGCUUUGGAUUGGCCAACGCGCCUAAAGAUAAUUGGUGGCAUAGCACGAGGGCUUCUUUAUAUUCAUGAAGAUUCUCCACAGAAGAUAAUCCACAGGAAUCUCAAAGCCAGUAACGUUCUAUUAGAUGAGGAGAUGAACCCUAAAAUUGCAGAUUUUGGCGUCGUUUGCGCAAGGAAUGCCAGAGGAGACCCAUCUCAGGCAGCCACAAGCAGCAUAAUCGGCAUCGCUGGAACAAUAGGAUGUAUGGCACCUGAGUGUUCAACUGAAGAUCAGAUUUCUGUUAAAUCAGACGUUUACAGUUUUGGUAUUUUGUUAUUGGAGAUUGUAAGCGGUCGUAGGAGCAUUCCUUAUCAAUUGGGCACUGGAGGAUACAAUCUCCUUGUUCAUGCCUGGACACUUUGGAGAGACCGAAAAGCGGUAGAACUAGUCGAUCCAAUUGUGGGCAGAACAUGUGGAAUAGCUGAAGUGCUGAGAUGUAUUCAGAUUGCUCUAUUGUGUACUCAAGAGAAUCCAACUGAUAGGCCUACUAUGUCCUCUGUUGUUUACAUGCUCAGCGCAGACUCUCAGAUACUGCUUUCUCCUUCACCUCCGUCAUUUUUCACUGCCCGUAGAGAACCAGACAAUAGUGUCAUAAUUGAUCGUUCUGAUGCUGCCUUAGCCACGCAUGAAGCUUUUUACAUUGAUGGUAUAUGGAUGCACUGACUUAAAAUGGUGUGGAUCUUCCUGAUUUUUUUUUCCUUUGCACUUUCCUUGGUUUCUCCUUGAAGAGAGGCAACAUCUAAGAAGAUGGAUCGUGGACGCCCUUGCUCUUCCUACCAACAUCUACGGGCUUUACAAGGUUUUACAGCAACUACUUCUUUGCCAACUUUGACCAUCACUUGUGAGCGUCUGUGAAAUUGCAACUAUAUGUCAUCCCUGAAUGCAAAUUGUACUUUUUGUUACAUCAAAGUUUGAAGCAAUGACAGGAACUUUAGUCUUCGAUUUUA